UUCAGGGUAUUAAGACUCGUUGUACUGAUAAAAAUACUGCCUUCCCUGUCUUAUUUAACUCUGACUUCUUGAAUUAUAACUUUAAACAACAUGUCAAGUUACUCUCUCUCAAAUGAGAAAAUGGAUUCCACAAUUGACUCUGAAUAUUGUCGAACAAGCGAAUUGAAAGCUUUUGAUGAGACAAAAGCUGGUGUUAAAGGCCUUGUUGAUGCUGGAAUCACAGUUGUCCCUCGCAUUUUCCAUAAUCCACCUGAUGACUCACACAAGAUUUCACAUACAGCUGCUGAUGCCAAGUUCACUUUUCCCAUCGUAGAUCUUGAAGGUGUUCACAAAGGUUUGGCUUCACGCAAGGAAAUUGUUGACAGAUUACGAAAUGCUUCAGAGACUUGGGGAUUCUUUCAAGUGAUCAAUCAUGGGAUUCCUAUGAGUCUCAUGGAGCAUAUGAAGGAUGGUAUUCGUAGGUUUUACGAGCAAGAUAUUGAUCUCAAAAAAGAAUUCUUCUCUCGUGAUUUAACAAGAAAGGUCGUGUAUAACAGUAACCUUCAUUUGUAUGCUUCUCCAUCAGUCAAUUGGAGGGAUUCAACCCUUUUUCGAAUGGCUCCUGAUACUCCCAUACCAGAAGAGUUGCCAGCUGUAUGCAGAGAUAUACUGAUGGAGUUCUCCAUGGAAGUGAUGAAGUUAGGAAAUUUAUUGCUUGAAUUGAUGUCAGAGGCUCUUGGUUUGGACCCAAGUCACUUGAAAGACAUGAAUUGCAAUGAGGGGUUUGUCAUUAUGGGUCAUUACUAUCCUGCAUGCCCACAGCCAGAAUUAACCAUGGGUGCAAGCAAGCAUGCAGACAGUGGCUUCUUCACUGUGCUUCUACAAGACCAUGUCGGUGGCCUCCAAGUUCUCCAUCAGAAUCAGUGGACUGAUGUUCCUCCUGUGCCAGGUGCUUUGGUGGUUAAUAUCGGAGAUUUUCUACAGCUCAUAACGAAUGACAAAUUUGUAAGCGUGGAGCAUAGGGUGCUGGCAAAUCGUGUAGGACCAAGAAUAUCUGCAGCUUGCUUCUUUACACCAACUAUUAUGCAAAAACCAAGAGUCUAUGGUCCUAUUAAGGAAUUGCUUUCAGCAGAGAAUCCUGCAAACUACAGGGAAGCAACAUGGAAAGAGUACGCUGAUUACUUCAACGCGAAAGGCCUUGAUGGGACUUCUGUUCUGUUGCCUUUCAAGAUUUCAAACUUAAGAAUGGAUGAACCUUAGCAGGAUAAAAGGGCUUGUGAACUUAUAGGGAAUCCUGAUGAAUUUGCUAAUAUUGUUAGUUUUUCGAGUCUGUUUUAUCAGCUUGCCCUCGCAAGGCAGGAAUUGUAAUUUAAGCCUUUACGUAAAAGAAUAAAAAUAAAAAUAAAUUAUGCAAUUGUCCUACUCAGCUUAGUUCAAUUGAAACAACUUAUCUUAUUGUACUUCUGCUUAUUCUUCAUUUUUAUGCAGAAAAUAAUAAGAGUUCAUAUUGCAUU